AUAAUUCCGCUCAGAGACGGCCACAACUCUGAAGAAGAUGGACCGACAAGGAAUUUACAUCUGGUUCGCCUUCGGCUUGGCCAUGAUCUACUCGGAGGCCGAGGAAGUGUGCGAGUGCACCGCAUAUUUCCGGUGCCCAAAUGACAAGAUUGUAACGGAUGGAAAAGGCAUUUUGGACAUCAGGAUAAACACAUGUUCUGGUAUCGACGUCUGUUGUUUGAUUCCCACGACGACGCCCGACCAACCAAAAUCAGUUAACGCACAAACUGUCUAUCCUGAGCCGCUUUAUCCAUGUUUGACGGACCCUUCUUCGGACGAUCCGACAGGAAUAAACUGUUCGACGAAAUACACCCUGCCGACGAUACUUGGGACACCGGGGUGCGGACGGAGGAGGUUCGGAUGGCUUCCAUCGAGGAUCUCGAACGCCGGCCUUUUAGCCAAGACAUUUUACGGUGAGGCGCCUUGGAUGGUAAUGAUAAUAAAUGUUGGUACAUUCUUUUGCGGCGGUACACUCAUCAAGCCUUCCUUCGUCUUGACGGCAGCACAUUGCAUUCCAGAUUUUUGGUUCAGUCGACUGACGGUCAGAGUGGGCGAGUACGACAUAGGAACGACGGAUGAGCCGAUCAAGCACGCUGACAAAAAAGUCAAGAGAGUCGUCUCUCACCAGGAUUACGACAGAAAAUACUUAUCCAAUGAUGUCGCUCUUAUUGAACUCGACACACCGGCCGUGUUAACCGAGACCGUAGACAUCACAUGCUUGCCCGACGGUGCCGAACCUGUCAAAACUGAGGAGUGCGUCGCCUAUGGAUGGGGAUUCACAGAUAAAAUCCAAGGCAUACUGAAGAAGGUGGACCAAUCGAUAAUCUCGAAGGACGAAUGCGAAAAUAGGAUGCGGCAUACACCGCUCGGCAAGAACUUCUCGCUCCAUCCCGGAUUCUUCUGCGCCGUUGGAGAAAUCACUAAAGAAAUCUGGAAGGGAGACGGUGGCGGCCCGCUUAUCUGUCCACAACAGAAGGACGACACCAGGCUCGUGCAGGUCGGAAUAAUUUCCUGGGGGAUCGAUUGCGGAAACCGGAAACCAACGGUUUUCGCCUCUGUCGACCACUACAUGCCUUGGAUCAAGCAGCAAAUUGGUUGACCAAAUCGGCCAUGCCGUCUUCCAACGAUCUAGUCCAUCCCGGAAAUUCCAUAAGUGAUUCCAGUGGAUUGAUUGCAAUCAUUAAAAAAGCCAAAUCAAACCAAUUUUGGAUAAUAAAUACUAGUAUAUAUAUUUUUACAAAUAAAUAGGUAUACAUGUA